AUGCGCGGCAUCGCCGAGGCCUUCGCGCGCACGGACCAGACCCUCCUCACGCCCUUUCAGGUCAACCUCGUCGUGACGACGCUGCGACGGGUCGGGGUGCGGUGCAGCCCGGCGGCGCUCGCCCUCCCGGAGGCCGACGCGAUCUCGCCCGAGUCCUUGCUGAAUGUUCUUACCACCAUGCAGGUGGGCGGGAUGCGGGAUGAGCGGAAGGUCACCGAGGUGAUUAAACUCCUGCCGCCGAUCCUCGACGAGUGCUCGCCUAGCCAGAUCGCGACGAUGAUUCAUGAGCUUGGGCGGCUCCAGUGCGCGGAUGGAAAUAUCCUCGCGAGACUCGCACGGCGGCUCCUUACCUGCGGCGAUUCCCUGAGCGUCUUGGAGGUGUCGUUGGUGGUGAAGGCCCUGGCGACCUCUCGGGUGGUCCCAGCAGGGGUGCUCCGGUCGAUCUUCACGAUGGCGACGUCCGUCAUGACGGAGUUCCAGCCAGAGGAUUAUGCCAACUGCCUGGAUGGGCUGAUGGUCGCGGGCGGGCAGUAUUCGAAAUUUUUUAAUCAAAUUGUAGAGGGGGGGCUGAACUAUGUGGAAAAUAUGGACGCGGAAACCCUAAGUCGCUUUAUAAUGGCCUUUACAGUCCUUGACUACAAACAAACAGAGCAUGUGGAUAUAUUCGCGGAUGCCCUGGUCGACCUCGCCGAGGAUCUUCGCGAGGAAAAACUUGUGGACGCCUUUAUUGCCCUUCAGAAGCGCAACCUCCUCGUACGGGGAGAUAUCUUCGCGGCUAUGAUGAACUGCCUCGUGAAGGCCGCACCGGUCCUUCACCCACGCCUCAUUGGACCCGUGAUAGAGGUUUGCAGUCAGGUCCCGCAUAACUCUGACGUGUUGAUGGGGAUUUUGCUCGAUCGCGCGGUAGAGUGUGUGCGGGUUUUGCCCCCCUUUCACUUCGCCGGGAUUCUCGACGCGAUCGCGUUCUACCCACCGGCCCGAACGCACCCUAUCGUUGGAGUUUUUGGCCGCCAGGCAAAGCUUCGCGUAGAGUUAAUGAGCCCCCCGCUCCUUGCGAUGGCCGCCCGAGGCCUGGCAACCUUAGGCUACGAUGAUAGUUCCUUUUAUACUCUCCUCGCCGAGACUGGGUUUCGCCUGGGGGUAAAGGACUGGUGGCACUUGGAGCCCAUUCUGAUGGGGCUUUCCAUCGCUGGAGAGUGCCCAGUUCGAACUGCGAAGGUGAUUGCCUCCCACCUCGCGCCGAUGGCCCGCUCGAUGAGCGUUAGCGAGAUCCAACGCGUGAGCCGUUAUUUAGGAAAGCUGCACUGUGAGGAAGAAUAUGUCUACCGCGCGCUCGCCUCUAGAAUGAUUCAGUUCGUGAAGGAAAUCACGCCAGAUAUGCCCGAGGAGCUGCAGGUGGUCUUGCAGAAAGGUGCCAUAGUGACACCAGUAGGGAAUACUGAGGACGGGAGUGUAGUUAGAUGA